GUUGUUGCCUUUACAAUCAGUUCACACAAAAGACCAGAGAUCCUAAAAUCCAGCAAUAGAGUGAGUUAAAAAAAUUAUUAGAAAUGUCUCAGCUUGUUGCGUAUGUGAACUAUGCUGUAGAUAGUGGAGAGCACAUCGAGAGGGUGGUGGAAAUCUACGAAAGUGCGGACUGUAUUAGUGGUCAAAAUCCCAGAACAGAGAAGGAGAAUGCCAACAUGAAGACUCAAACUGGGACACCUAAAGUUUCGGACACACCAGACAUCAUCAAGGGACAGAAAUAUAAUCUAGAGAUGGAGGACACAAAAGGAAGUCACAUUCAAAUGCAGAACAGGGGAGCAGACAAAAAAGUGAGCAGAUGUUACACAAUCACUGUAGUGUGUGUGGUGGUGCUGCUGUGUGUUCUCCUGCUGGCUGCCAUCACAGUGCUGUGGAUCAAAUUCAACAACCUGACUGUAGAGAGAAAACAGCUACAAACCAAUAAUAGCUAUCUGACAAACCAAAGGAACCAGUUACAGAAGGAGAAAGACACACUCCAGAGAAUGUUGGAAGACAUGGACACAUAUACUAGACUGGAAUGGAAAUAUUUCAACAGCAGUUUUUACUACAUCUCUACUGUAAUGAAAAAUUGGACUGAGAGCAGAAAUGACUGCAUCAACCGUGGAGCAGACCUGGUGAUCAUAAACAGCACAGAGGAAGAGGAGUUCAUCAUUAAUCAGCUCAACAACAAUGAGGCUUGGAUUGGCCUGAGUGACACUGAGACCGAGGGGAUGUGGAAAUGGGUGGAUGGAUCAAAACUGACUAUAGCAUCUGCUCCUUCGUCCCUGCAGUUCUGUCUGCUCUCCUCCCAGCUCUUAUAAUCAUUAGAGAUGUAGUAAAAACUGGAGCUAAAGAUGAUCCAUCUGCAUUUACCUGUAUUGAGAAAUGGUGAGAAUUUACAAUGAAUUUAAAUGAAUUUGUUGCUGAACUAUGGUUUUUAAAUAGCCAUGAUUUCUAUUUCACAAUAUAGGUUAUAUAUAAUAUCAGGAAUAAAUAUAUAAAAACACGUGGAUUCACCUUUUAUUAACUAUUUAAUGGAUUUUAUUUAAUUAUAAGAAAGGUUGCUUUUACUCUUAUUAGCUUCUUUGUGUAAUGAAAAAUAAGCAUAAAAAUAAUAACUUGGUUAAAUUAUACAGUGAUGUCAUACUGCACAUAGACUAUAUGGACAAAAGUUUUGGGACACCUGACUUUUAAAGACAUAUGUGGUUUUUCCCCAAACUGUUACAGACACAAUGGUAGAGAAGCAAUUGUAUAGCAUGACUUUAAAUACGAUAGCAUAACAUUUUUCAAUCACUUUAACUAGGAGACCCAAACUUGUUUAAAAGCAUGGCAAUGUGCCUUUGCACAAAGCCAGCUUCAUGAAGACAUGCUUGACAUGGGUUGGAGUGGAAGAGCUCCUGCUAAAGAGAG